UUUUUUUAACUCCAGCAGUGAAAUAUGAUGCUUAAUUUCACUUAUGGCAUGGCCCGUUAAUUUGCAGGUGUGUCCAGUAUGUGCAAUGAGGGUGGGAGUUGAUAUGGUUGCUCACAUAACAUUACAGCAUGGAAAUAUAUUCAAGAUGCAGCGGAAGAGGAAAUCACGUAAAAGUGGAUCUUACUCAACUCUUUCUCUUUUGAGGAAAGAAUUGCGCGAAGGAAAUCUGCAGACUCUAUUUGGGGGUUCGUCAUGUAUAGUGUCCUCAUCCAAUGCAGCACCUGAUCCAUUGUUGUCUUCAUUUAUUUUGCCAAUGGCUGAUGAUUUUGUCAGCGUUCAGAGUCACUUGUCUACUGAAACAAGCCCAGCCAAGAAAAGUUCAAAUGCAAAUGUAGCAGAACGAAACAUCCCGUCAUCUCCUCCUCUCUCAGUCAAGGAUCAGGAAGAGAAGGCAAAACGAUGUGAAUUUGUUCAAGGGCUUUUGUUGUCGACGAUUCUUGAUGACAUUUUAUGAGGAGGAAGAAAAAGGGGCAAGUACUCAUGGUAGCUGCUGCAAUUGUGGAUUUGAAAUUUGGAAGAGAGAGAGAACCCUGCCUCCAAUCUUAUGUUUGUUUGUAGUUAAUAUAACAAUGUAUUACAAAGUGUUUGAAUAAGGUGUAGGAAUGAGUGUAAGUUUAUUUUGGCUGUGAACUUUUAGUUAUUAGGCCACCAAUAACAGACUAUUUGAUCCUUUAAUUUGAGGUUCUUAUUAUAUUAAAGGAUAAAAAUUAAUAAUAA